AUGAGUACAGGUGGAACAUUUGGAGGAAACAGAGGAUUGAGACCGAUACCACCGGAAAAGGGCAUUUUCCCUUUGGAUCAUUUACACGAAUGUGAUGCGGAGAAGAAAGAAUAUCUUGGUUGUCUCAAGUCUUCAGCUCACAAAUCUGAGCAAUGUAGACAUCUCUCAAAGAAAUAUCUCGAGUGUCGAAUGGCCAAGAACUUGAUGGCAAAGCAGGAUAUGUCUGAACUUGKAUUCAGUGGUGUUAAAGAAUUGGAUUCCAAUGGAGAAGAGAAUAAAGAGACGGUAAGAGCAUGUUUAAGAAUCCUGUGGCGACCAUGGAAAGCAAGAAAUGAGAUGAUCUUUAGAGGUAUGAAUAUUGAUCCCCUAGUCACAGUCAGAAGAGCCCAGGAAGACAUGGAGGAAUGGGUUGAAAAAAUGGAGGCAAAAGAAAAAGUGGUAACAAAUACUCUGGUUGGUCAAGCAGUAAAGUGGAAACCACCGAAACCACAGUGGGUAAAGUGCAAUAGUGAUUGUAGCUGGACAGAGCAGCGGGAUAGCUGUGGAGGAGGGUGGAUAUUAAGAGACCAAAGAGGGGAAGUUCUCUGGAUAGGAGCUAAACGGAUGGCGAGACUCAGCUCAGUUAUUCAGGCAGAAGCAGAUGCAUUACGAUGGGCCAUUCUCAGCCUCAAAAGAUUACAUGCAGGUUGA